AUGCGCGCUUGCAACACUUUACUUCCUACAGCUAUCGUCUUGACUAGCUGCGAUGCUCUAUCUGCCCAUCGGGCGCAGAUAAUGAACGUCGCGACGUCAGAUCUCAUCUCACCGAUCGAGUCUACAGUCCAAGACGACAACUACGACAGACAGUUGCGGGGGUUCUACGCUACAGAAAAUACAGACCCUGUUAACAAUCAAGACACUGCGCAUGAGGAUGGCGAGGAGAGGGUCAAUGUCGCCACGGUGCUUGGAAAGGGGGAUGAAGCUUGGGACGAUGCACUGAUGCGCUUGGCCUAUCAGCACUGGUUCGACGGAGGCAAAACUAGUGACGGCAUGCGAUUAAUAAUGGACCUUCCAGCGAAAGGUGAAGCACUCCGACACCCGAAUUGGGGGAAAUACAUUAAAUACUUAGAGUUCGUUAAGGAGAAAAAGAAGGAGGCUGCAGACGCUGCGGCAGUCGCGGCGCUCAAGCGAAGGCGGACUUACAGGGGAUGGUAUGUCGACGGGAAAACGGAGAAAGACGUACGCAAGAUUUUCGGACUUCCGGCAACAGGAAAAGCCAAGAACCACCCAAACUGGGCAGAUUUUCAGGAAUACUUAAACGUCGUCAGAGAAUACUCAAAAGUAGUUUUUAAAUAA